AAUAUUUCAACAAGAUAAGCUGUUCUAGUUCUUCUCCACUGAACUGUGUUUUCUCUUUCAUCUGUUUCCAAGCAAUCAUACCAAGCCAAAUGGCAGUGUCAGGUAUAUAUGUGAAAUGUGUGUCCUACUGAACACCAGAGUCUGCAGUCUGAAGACAGCUAUUGAUAAUUGCUGCCACUGGGACCUUUAGGAUUAUCAAAGUAGGCCACUGAGGAUAGAAGAUUUGUGAUGGCACAUAUCCAGAUGGAAUAAAUAAGAAAACACAGGGCAUUUGCACAGCUUUAGCUGUUCUACCAAUUGUAACAUCACCUAGACAGGAUGAUCUGAAGAUGGCCAUUCAUGCCUUGUCAUUUGUUGAUCAGAUAAUUAAAAUUCAUAGCUCCUGGGACUGCUCCUAAAGACCACUCCUAGAAACUUCAGCUGGUCCAGCAUGUAACAGCGCAUGUGCUCACUGUAUGAUAUAUCCUUUUAUGGAAAUGCAGUCCAUUUUUUGUGGAGCAAAGUCAGAGGAGAAGCUAGUCAAGGCCAGCCGUGAUAUGUAUGACUGCGUCUACAUUUUUGUUUCUUCUACCAACACUGCAUUCCGAAUGCUCAACCAAUUUCUUGGAAGUAAAUUAGCCACAAUUACGGUACAGGAAAACCUUAGCAUCAAGGAAAUUUUUCAGCUUCUACAGAGUGCCCUGAAAGAGAUGCAGAUGCUAGUAGAGUUGAAAGACAAAGAUUUCCAGGAAAAAAUUGAAGUUCCUUUAUAUUCUAAACUUAUUCUGCCAGACCUUUCCACUAAUGAAAAAAUCAGGCUUAUAAAAGAUAUAUAUGGUCAAUAUAAUGGAAUUUUUGAAAAUAUCUGUGGUCCCAUUUGUGCUGUUAUAAUUAAGCAUGGUAAUCUCCCUGAAAUGCUUGAGACUGCUAUUCAGAAUUUAAUGAGUACGCCCGUGCCGUCUCUUCAAGUGAGUGAACUUCUCAUGACCAAAGAAGAAAUUGCUAAAGCACUUCCAGACUCCAGUCCCUGUUCAUCCCAAACUGCAUCACCAGUCAAACAAAAAACCCAUAGUUUUUCUGUUGUGCCCAGUUCUUUUUCACUUACUAAAUUCAUGCGGAUAAUUCAUUGUAAACAAACAUCUAAGGAUUCAGUUCAGUUGGCUGCAGAACUCAUGGCAGAAGCUGUUCAGAUUUUGAAACCAACUUGUGAACAUUUCCAAAGAUCUAUUAAAAUGGCUGAAGAGUAUAUCACAUUGAUCAUUGACAAAAAGCAAUAAACCAGAAGACAAUUGCUCAGCUUCUAGAAAUUUACUUGUUUACCCAGCAAGAAAGUUGCAAAUAAAAGAGAAAACUUCUGAUUGCAGCAUCAUUUCAAUCUAUAGUUCAUACAUAUUAAUAUCUCAUAUAACAUCAAUGCAAACAAAGGCAUAUGUAUAUGGUUUGGCUCCUAGUGAAAAUUCCCCUUGAUAACUUUGAAGAUUUUGUUAUCAAUUCCCUUGAAAUGAUCUUAUCCUUUUACUAAUUCUUCCCUGUGCUAUUUCUUCUCUUCUACUGCUUAAUUAUUUCUAUUGUGUAUUUGUAGUCUUCAUUUCUUCAUCACAAUUCCGUUUUUCUCCUUUUACCAAUUAUCAUUUUUCAAUUCCAGUUAAUUCAACUUUACUCAUUCAGAAAUAAUAAUUUGACAAAGGAAGUCCACUUAGCCUCUUCUUCCUCCUCACUCCAUGUUUUUUUCCCCAAAGUAAACAAACUCAGCAUCUUGAUUCCAUAGCAUUUGCUUUUUCCUGGGAAUUCCCAUCAUUCCCAUAUAUUUGAAUUGUCUGACAAAUACUAACCCUCUCCAAUGCUAGCCAGAACAGAAGUAAAUAUUACAGCAUCAAGACACGAAAUUAAUCUGAUUUUGCUCUUCAAAGCAAGUUCAAUUGAAUGAUUCAGGGAGAUAAACUGAAUUCUUUUUGUUCAUCUCUUCUUGGUAAGGCCACGCUUUGGUAUGUACCAUAUGUGCAUAUGAGCAAAAUCAGGACAGGCCUCUAGCUGACUCACAAAAAAUGAACAUGGGCAUUCAGUUCUUUGUAUCUGAUUUCUUAGGACAAUCCUAGACAAAUGGCAUAUUUAUAUAUUUGUAUCUUUCUUGUUUUGUGUUUGUGCCAUAGAUCAUCAAAUAUUUAAGCAUAGUGUAGGAACAUAGUUGUAGAAGUUUUUAGAUGGAAGAGAUUGUCUGUUAUUUGUGCCUCAAAAAUAAUUAGGAAAAUGUUAGGGCCUUCUAUUAAGACAGAAAAACAAAAGAACUUGAAAACAAACACAGAAAAAGCCCUCAGAUGCUAGUUUGAUGUGAAAUACAAGAAAGCUACUCCAGAGGACAAUUUUUCAUGGACAAUUUUUUUUUCAGGAAAGCAAACAGCCUUCGGUCUUUUGGCCUUAAAGAAUACAUCAGAAUUUAGAGCUUAGAAAAAAAAAGUUGUGGUUAGGAGUUCACCAGCAUAUACAUUUCUAAUGCAACCCAGUGAAGAGAGGGUUUAUUGGCAGUUGGCUGCAACAUUCCUUACCAGUAAUAGAAGUUGCUGAAUUUGUUUUCAUAGGAACCUCUACCUAUAGCACAUUAAACUAAGGAAAGUCUCAUUAUAGCAAAAUCUUCCUCCCCUCCUUUCCUUAUCAGUAUAUAACUGUCAUCUCAUUUAAAUCCUUCUUCCUCUUUUAUUCCAGUUGUAUCUCCAUAAGAUUUUUUUUCUCUACUUAUUGGCCGUUGCUCAAGGUUGUUUUUCACCAACUUCCAACUGUGUUUAAGGGAAAUUGACAAAUUGAAUGGAUGAAGGCAAACCAUUAGAAAUGUAAUCAAGUUAAUUAGUUCUUCCUCAUUAAUUGGUUGUCCUUAUUUCAGUGUACUUUAAAGCUGAAGUUUGUUGCAAUCCUAUGCAACAUUUCCUAGUAGAUAUUCUGCUGGACAUAAUAUUUCUUAAUAAACAUCUGUGUAUUGGGCCCAGAGACACCACAUGAAUAAGAACAUUCCAGAUGCUUUUUUCCAUAUACUCAGACAAGUGCAAUAGCCAUGAUCACAUAUCUUCUAAAUUAGAAAGGUAAGAAUAUUUUAAAUUAAAUCCAUAUUUCAGCACCCUUCCUUAGUCAUUAAAUGAAAUAAUAUGUCAUCAGCAAAACAGUAAUAAUAAGAGAACAAAAAAAACAAAAACAAGCCUUUAUAUUUGCCUCAUUAUAUUCUUACUACUAGUUCCUAAUCAGGAACAUCUCAUUAUCAUGCUUAAUCACAUUACAUAGCUGAGGAAUAUGUUUUCUUGAAAUACUUGCAUUGUACAUGAAAAUUUUAUUUCUAUUUAUUUAUUUCAAAUGCUUUCUGACCAGGACAAAAACAUAAGUGUGAAUUUGUCUAGUAUGAACUGAUAUAAGAAAAAAAAAAAA